AUGCUCCUCCAAAACCUCGGUGAUAUACCGGUGGGCAGUCAGAGACCCCUGGCCGCGACCAUCUCCAGCUCUGGAGACGCACACGAGGUCUGUCUUGCCGUCGAUAGAAAUACCGCCCUAGAAAAUGCAGGAUCCUCCUCCAUACCCGACGGUUUCCACGGUGCAGGCUGGUGUGAAACGCUCCCCUCGCCGCCUGUAGACUCUCUUACGCAUGUUGUUGGUGUACAGGCACACUCGGGUUUCGUCGGAGAACAGAACAUUCCUCCACUGGUCGAAUGUCCACGGCAGACUUCUUCUGAUAGUAGAGACGCUGUCAGCUGUCCUUCGAGUAGCUCAAAGCCGCUGCUGCAGCUCCACAGCGUUGAAGAAGCGGUUCCGCAAAGACGUCGACACAAUGGAGCGAUCACCUCUGACGGUAGUGCAGCGACGUCUCCCGGAUCCAUGUCUCCUGAUGUAACCUCCAGUCUCUUGGAACCGUUGGUAUACCCGUUGCAUUCGAAAUCGGCUGAUUUUCAGUUGCCGAGCAACUUCAACCUGCCGUAG